AUGGCGUCGGUGUUGGUUUAUCAUGUGGUGGGAGAUCUGACGGUGGGGAAACCGGAGUUGGUUGAGUUUCAUGAAACGGAUACGGUGGAAUCUGCGAUUAGAGCAAUAGCGGAGUCGCCGGAAGGGAGUAUACCGGUUUGGAAGAAGAGAUCUAUAGGCGUGAUUGAGAGUAGUGAUAUGAGACAGAUGAGGUUCGUUGGGAUUCUUAGUUCGUUUGAUAUUGUUGCGUUCUUGGCUAAGAGUCAGUGUUUGGAGGAUCAAGAUAAGGCUAUGAAGACACCUGUUUCUGAGGUUGUUCUUUCCAAUAAUUCUUUGCUUAGAUUGGUUGAUCCUGGAACAAGGUUGAUAGAUGCACUGGACAUGAUGAAGCAAGGCGUGAAACGUUUGCUUGUUCCAAAGAGUAUAGUAUGGAAGGGCAUGAGUAAGCGUUUCUCAGUAAUCUACUAUGGCAAGUGGCUCAAGAACCCUGAAUCUCCUAGCAGCAGCAGCAACAAUCUACCCGCAAAUCUAAAUUGGAACACCCCAACAACCAUCCGUGAUAAGUACUGUUGUCUAUCCAGAGAAGACGUACUCCGUUUCAUCAUCGGUUGUCUUGGAGCUCUAGCUCCGAUUCCUCUCACUACCAUCACUGCACUCGGAGCGAUUAAUCCAAACUACAGCUAUAUCGAAUCCUCCACUCCCGCACUCGAAUCAUCUCAAAAGGUUCCUCAAGAUCCAAGUGCAGUUGCAGUAAUCGAAACCACAUCAGAUGGUCGGUGUAAGAUCAUUGGAGAAAUUUCUGCAAUCAAAUUAUGGAAAUGCGAUUACUUAUCCGCCGCAUGGGCUUUAGCGAAUCUCACAGCAGGACAGUUCGUCAUGGGAGUUGAAGAUAACGUCACUUCAAGACCACUUCCUGAUUUCUGCGUCAAUUCAAGAUCCGGAGGAGAUAAUGAUUUGGCUAACGGUGGUUCGAGAAAACCGAAGAUAUUCAGUAGCAGGAGUAUCGGAUUCUUCAACAAUUCUGGAAACCAUGGUUUCGGUUCGAGGAGCAUGUAUCGAGGGAGAAGUGCACCGUUGACAUGUAAAAUGACUACUUCAUUGGCUGCUGUCAUGGCUCAGAUGCUAUCGCAUAGAGCAACUCAUGUUUGGGUGACCGAGGACGAGAAUGAUGAGAUUUUAGUCGGCGUUGUUGGAUAUGGUGAUAUAUUGGGUGCUGUGACCAAACCACCUAUGAUCUUCACUCCUGCUAAAUCUUCAGAAGGGAUUCUAAACGAAAUUCAGUGUUGA